AGAAAAGCAAAAAAAAUUACAGCUUGUCUUGCCCUAAUGGGAAGUGCCAUAGUGGAUAUCAUUAACAGUAAUAAAACAGAGAGAGAAAAUCCAAAAUUACCCCCCACUCAAAUUGAAUUAAUUAAGAAGAUCAGCGAGGCUACUCGAUUAUUAGCAGAUCUGCAGAGAGAUGAGACCCUGACUCGCAGGAGCCUAAUCCUUGCUGUCAUUAAUAGCUCUCAGAAGGAAGUCUUACAAUCAUCAACGGCGGAUGAAUGGCUCUUUGGCCAGAAGUUGGGCGAUCGUUUAAAGGCGGCAAAAUCAAUUGAACGAUCGAGUAAGGAUCUGAAGGCGAACCCUAAAAACACUAAGAAAACAAAAAACUUCAAGGCCCCGCCUCGACGUCAACCCUUCAAACCCAAGACGUCAGGCGGGUAUCGAAACAAAAGUUACAAUCGAAACCAUCCCAACAAGAAAAAUUGGGGAGGUCAGAACGAGGAAAAUCGCAGCAGUCCCAAAUCACAAACUCCAGCACAACAGAAGAAAUCACAAAAUUAAGUGACAUGCUUCCCUGACAGGUUGGGGAAUUUCAUGUGAGAAUAUUAAAACACAUGGACAUUGGAAUGAAGCCGAAAAGCUGCAUCAUAUAAACUAUUUAGAACUUUUAUCAGCUUUCUUCGGACUUAAAUGUUUUGCCAAAGAACUUAAAAAUUGCAGUAUCUUAUUAAGAAUUGAUAACACCACUGCGAUUUCAUAUAUAAAUCGAAUGGGCGGUAUUAGAUUCAAAAAACUUAGUGAUCUCGCAAAAGCUAUAUGGAAGUGGUGUGAAGAACGCGAAAUAUUUGUCUUCGCAUCCUACAUUUCUUCGAAAGAAAAUGUGGAAGCUGAUUUAGAAUCUAGAAGAUUGAAUAACGAAACGGAGUUUGAGUUAUCAAAUGCAGCUUUUCGGAAAAUUACUAAUACAUUUGGUUAUCCCGAUAUAGACUUGUUUGCAACAUGAAUUAACGCAAAAUGCAAAAAUUAUGUCUCAUGGACAAGAGAUCCGGAUGCUAUGGCAGUCGACGCUUUUACUAUAAGCUGGAACAAAUUUUUUUUUUUUUUUUUUUUACGCAUUUCCACCAUUUGUGUUAAUUAUUAAAGUUUUACAAAAGAUAAAAUCUGAAAGAGCAAGAGGGAUAAUUGUAGUGCCAGAUUGGCCAACACAGCCAUGGUACCCCUUGUUCGCCUCAAUGCUAAAAACGGAACCGUUAAUAAUUAAACUCAAUAAUAAAACUUUACUUUCACCUGACAGGAAGCCACAUCCUCUGUGGAAAUCUCUUACCCUGGUGGCCGGGAAAUUAUCAGGAGAGCUUUCAUGGCAAAGGGCAUUCCGGAGAAAUCCAUAACGAUUUCUAUAGCUUCCUUAAGCGACUCUUCCUUAAAACAGUAUGAUUACGCAUUAAAAAAAUGGUGGUUAUAUUGUAAGGAAAAAAAUUUGCCCAUUUAUGACGCAAAAAUAGUAGAUGUAGUAAAAUACUUAACCGAAGAAUAUGAUAAGGGAGCGUCUUACGGUUCUCUAAAUAGCAUGCGAUCGGCCAUUUCACUGAUUAUAGACCCGGAGGUAGGACAGAAUGAAAUUAUUAAAAGAUUCUUUAAAGGAAUAUCAAAGUUAAGACCCCCGGAACCAAAAUAUGAAUCCACAUGGGAUCCAGGAAUAGUCCUUGAUUAUUUUGGAGACUUACGAAAUGAGGACUUAACCCUAGAUUUGUUAAGUAAAAAAUUAAUAACAUUGCUAGCACUAGUAACAGGUCAUAGAAUCCAGACCUUAUCUUUAAUAGAUAUAAGAAACAUAAUUGUUAAAGUUAGCUUAAUAGAAAUUAAAAUUCCGGAGAGAAUUAAAACUUCUAAACCCGGGAGAAGUCAGCCUGUACUAAUUUUACCGUUUUUUAAGAAAAAUCCGAACAUUUGUCCAGCAAAAACUCUUCAAUGUUAUCUCAAAAGGACCGAAAAUCUUAGAAAAAACAUAACAGUCCUAUUUAUUUCGUUCAAAAAGCCUUUCAAAAAAGCAUCGACGCAAACACUUAGUAGAUGGGUAAAAGAUGUUUUACGUGAAAGCGGUAUAGAUACAGAUAUUUUUUCAGCGCAUAGUACAAGACACGCUUCUACCUCUGCCGCGAAGCGCAAAGGUAUUAAUAUCGAUGUAAUAAGGAAAUCAGCAGGUUGGACCGAAAACUCAUCUACGUUUACUAAAUUUUACGAUAGACCCUUAGUUCAAGACGUAAGAAUGUUUGGUCGUGCGAUAUUAGACAGAUAAAGGAAAACGGAGUCAUUACUUUAUACUGUCAACAUUUGAGUUACAAAAACGAUUAGAGUAAUUAGAUCGUUAAAGCGUUGUUUUUUCCUUUAUAUUCAUUCAAA